AUUACCGGAUCCAUGACCUCAACAAAACAGAAUAAAAAUAAGCCAAGAAAACAUUCUCAAUUCUCAUUCACAAUGACAUCAAUUCAUAUAGAUCCAUCCAAGCAACCCAAGAAAUACAAAGAAAAGAUCAAAAUCACUGGCGGAGUUUGGAGCGGAAGAUCAGAGUCCGAUCUGGGAUACCCUACCCACGGGAUAGCCCCCAGAUCCUUCUCCUCACUACCUCUUCAUGAUUCCUCUAUUCCUCACUACCUCUCCAUGAUUCCUCUGCGCUCGAGUAGAUCUUACUCGCACGACGCGCGCCGGGGAGGCAUCCUUUUGGACAUCAGAUCCGCCAUUCAUGUCAUCAUUUUUCAGUGCCUCGGUUCUCCGGGAUAAAUUUUUGGAGGUUCAGCGCGGCUCUAGGUCAAGAGAAAGUUUUGAGAGCCAACCCAUGAGAGUUGCUCGCACACCAUUCUCUUGAUCAAUCACAUGACGAUCAAGAUUUAGAACUUCUGAUGAAUAGGUACAUUCAGGGAGUACCAAGAUGAAAAAUUGUUAUCUCUUGUAACGCAAUUAAAAAUUAAUCAACCAAAUUAAGAAAAAAAUUUGUGAAAUAUGCAUUGAUCUUAGAUGAUGUGCGAGAUAAAUUUACUCUUACAAGAGUUGGAAUCCCAGAACCAACAAUUGAAAAUGGGUGCAAAAUUGUUAUUACUAGCAGAUCAGUUGAUGUCUGCAACUACUUGAGAUGUCAAAUGGUUAAGGUGCCACCUCUGACAGAGCAAGAGUCUUUGAACUUGUUUUUACAUGAGGUUGGGUUAGAUGUUUUAGAAAUUCCUCAUUUAGAAGAGAUAUUGAAGCUUAUGGUGGAUAGAUGUGCUGGUUUGUCAUUGGCCAUUGUUGUCAUUGCUGGUAGAAUGAGAGGAGUAAAUGAUAUUUGUGUGUGGAGAAAUGCAUUACUUGAGUUGCGUCAAUAAUAAUAUGGGAAGAAGAGGAAGGAAAUCAAAACAACUACUACAAUAUUCACUCUUCCAAAAUUAAGGGAAUUGUAUUUGAAUUGUUUACUAGAAUUGAAGAGAAUUUGCCCUGAAAAUGAAGUAAUGGUUUGUGACUCUCAAUUCCAUUACCUUGGAAGGAUGAUUCUUAUUUAUGUUUUUGGCAACGGGCAACUAUCUCUUUCCCUGCCCUCUUAAGAAAUUAGAAUAAAAGCAGUCGUAGAAUGGUGAAAAUAGGUGAAGUGGGACAAUACCGAAGCUGAGAAUAUUCUCCUACCUUUCGGCAAAUGCUCUAUGAUAUAUUUUCAUUUAUU